CGGCGCCUCAUUCGGCAUUUGAUGCUCGGCCAGUGGGCUCCACCACCUCGGACAGAGUAGUAGAGAAGACUCCACCAUGUGGGCUCAGAGAUUUCUAAGACGCUCCGCGAGACAACUGAAGACCUUUAGCCGCCAAAUCAGUGCCAGGAUUGUAAACGAAACUAACAUUGAAGUUCUGGAGGAGAUCGACAGCAGGCCCCUGACCUUUCCCGGCGUUUGGCUGCGUGACAACUGCCUGUGCGAAGACUGCUUCCACGGCAGCUCCAAGUCCCGGAAGUUGGACUGGGAUAACUUCGACACCCGGAUACGCCCAGCGGCCCUGGAGGCAAACGAGCUGACCAAGGAGGUGAAGGUGAAGUGGAGUGACCGCCACGAGAGCAGCUUCUCGCUGGAGUGGCUGAGGGCGCGCAGCUUCCAGGAGGAGAGGCAGGAGGAGUACCUGCGCGAGUUCUACAGACCAGCGACGAGGCACUGGUCGGGUGCAGAGUUCCAGGAGAUAGCCCGGCACUUCAGCUACGAGGAGGUGAUGGCCCAGGACGACGUGCUGAUGCAGUGGCUCCAGGCGCUGGCCGUCUACGGGGUGGCCCUGCUGCGGAACGCCCCACUGGACGAGGGCGUGGUGCGGCGCCUGGCCGAGCGGGUGGGCUUCAUCCGGCGCACCACCUACGGCGAGGAGUUCGUGGUGCAGGCCAAGCCGGGGGCCCAGAACUUCGCCUACCUCUCGCUGCCCCUGCCCCUGCACACGGACCUGCCCUACUACGAGUACAAGCCCAGCGUCAACAUCCUGCACUGCGUCGUCCAGACGGAUUCGCCGGGGGGCAGCAACAUGCUGGUGGACGGCUUCCACGUCGCCGACAUCCUGCGCCGCGAUCAUCCCGAGGACUUCGAGCGCCUGUGCCGCGUGGUCGUCGACUGGAACGACAUCGGCAGCGAGGACGGCAGAGAGUUCCACAACAUCUGGCGGGCACCGGUCAUAUGCCUGGACGCCGAGGGGCGGUACACGCGGGUGAACCACAGCGUGCCGCAGCGGGACAGCCACUUCAACGUGCCGCUGGCGGAGGUGCUGCCCUGGUACGAGUCCUACGCCCGCUUCGUCCGCCUGGCCAUCGCCGACAGUCACGCCUUCAAGACCCGGCCCGGCGACGUGCUGACCUUCAACAACAUCCGGCUGCUCCACGGGCGGACCGGGUACGACGACUCCGCGGAGAGUCCGCGCUACAUCGUGGGCGCCUACCUCGACUGGGACAUCAUCUACUCGCGCCUGAGGGUCCUGAAAAGGCGCCUGGGGGCGGGGGCCCUUAAAGGGGGCUGCCAAUAAAGCCAACGCAGGAUGCCAUAUUUUCCAAGCCAUUUGAUGUGAGCUUCUCAUUUGAAUAGUGGCCCCACCGCCCAGCGGAUUUUCAACGGCACAUAUGCUCCCAAGUCCCGAAUCCCAAGUCCCGAAUCCUGCAUCCGGAAUCCAUCUAAUCCUGUUCGGCUUGAGGCGACAAUUUCGGCAGUUAAAGCAGCUCAAGUGCAAAAAUGAAAAGUUGUAAAAAAUCACGAUGAUCCAGAGCUGACAAAAAAGUCUCUAAAUUGUAUGGGGGUGUCUCGGCUUAUUUGCAUCGCGGCAUUGGCUGACAAAUCGCUUGUGAAAAUGAUUGACAGCGCGGGUGUGGGGUGGGAGUUAGGGGCAUAAAAAGCGGAAGAGGGGCGUGGCAAAUUGGCCAAAAAAACGUCGGCAAUGUCAAAGUGUUAGCAGGCUGUUGGUGUUGUUUAAGACAACAUUUGAUAGUAUAAAUAUGUUUUUCACAUCUUAUUACCCACAAAUUUUAGUUUGAUUAUUUGUAACAUGUGCCUUAUAAAUCGAAUAUAUACCGUAGAAUUCAGCACAAGUACUCUGUGAGACACAAUCAAUUUGGUUAUCUUGCAGCACUGCCCGUAUUUCGUUGAAUUUUAAACUUGUUCUUAAAUAAAUUUGUCUUUUUCAGCAAUGUA